AUGCAUACGUUUGCCGAUCCACUGGCGCGAGCAGUACAGGUAGCCGCUGGCAAAACAGCUGUUAUCGAUCAGGAUAAAACUUUUACCUACAGCGAGUUGCAGGAUCGCUGCGGGCGCCUGGUCAAAGGUCUAUAUGCGCUGGGUUUACAAAAGGGGGAUCGGGUGGCGAUCUGGGCCAACAACUGCCACCAGUACAUUGAAGCUUAUGUGGGUGUGCCCGCCGGUGGCCUGGUCAUUGUGCCUUUGAAUACGCGCCAUGCAGAACCAGAGCUGCGCUAUGCGUUAGAAGAUUCCGGCACCCGGGUACUGCUGACCGACAGGCCUGCUGAAGGUCUGCAGGACAUCGUUGAACAUGUCAUCAGCCUCGAUGACGCUUACGAAAAUCUGCUUGCCGCUGAGCCUGCUGCUUUAGGGGUUGGCGUGCAGGAAAAUGACCUGGCUGGAUUGUUUUAUACCGGAGGCACAACGGGCCAGUCGAAGGGGGUGAUGUUGAGUCACCGCAAUCUGAUUUCAAACACGUUUCACUGGCUCUCCUCUGCGCCGCAAAGUGAUCAGGAUGUGAUGUUGGUGAUGGCGCCGCUUUUUCAUGCGGCAGGCUCCAAUGGGGUGUUGUCUUCCAUCUGGACCGCCGGUGCUCAGCUGACCCUGGGUGCUUUUGCACCGGGAGAAGUGUUAGAUCUGAUUGAGCGUCACAAAGUGAGCAUGACGCUGGGUGUGCCGACCAUGCUUGCUGCCAUGGCAGAAGAACAGCAUGUGAACCCGCGUGAUGUGUCGAGCUUGCGGUCUAUCGGUCAUGGCGGAUCGCCUAUUGCAACCGAAGUACUGCGUCGUACCUGUACGGCUUUUCCCGGGGCAGAAUUGAUUGAAGUUUAUGGCGCUACAGAGUUGUCGCCGUUAACGACUACCUUGCGCAAUGAACAAAAUCUGUUGGGUGAUGAGCGUGCGCGAUCUUGUGGCCAAUCUAUUCCAGGUGUUGAUGUCAGAAUUCUGGACGAAACUGGCCAUGCCUUGCCUAGUGGAGAGAUUGGUGAAGUCGUGGUGCGUGGUCCCAAUGUCAUGAGGGGUUACUGGAAUAAACCUGAACAGACCGCAGCAGUGCUGAAAGACGGCGCUUACUGGACCGGUGAUCUUGGCUAUAUGGAUGAAGCUGGAUUUGUCUACCUGGUGGACCGCAGUAAAGACAUGAUUGUCACAGGUGGCGAAAAUGUGUACUGCACGGAGGUUGAAGAAGUGCUCUAUAAACAUGAAGCGGUACUGGAAGCCGCGGUUUAUGGCAUCCCUGACGAAAAAUGGGGCGAAGCAGUUUAUGCAACGGUGGUGCCGCGCGCCGAGCACAGCAAUAUUGACCCCGAGGACCUGUUGGCGUUCUGUCGCGAAUCCAUUGCCGGUUACAAAGUGCCUAAAGGCAUCAACAUUCAGCAUGACCCUUUGCCUAAAUCAGGCCCGGGUAAGGUAUUAAAACGCGAACUGCGCGCACCCUUCUGGGAAGGUGUAGAGCGGAGCGUAAAUUAG